AUGGCGACAGCCGCUACAGCCCACCCCCACCACCAGCUGCACCAAAUGUACCGCUCAUCACAGAGCCCCGUCAUCGGCCAUCAGCAAAGCUUCAGACCUCCGCAUCAACGCUCCCUAUCGCAGCAGCACCUGAUUGGAGGGCAGUCAACAUCCCCACUGGGUGGUGAUGAGAUUUUUGAGGUAUCGCCGCCAAAGCGCCAGAGAGUUUCAAUGGACGAUGGGAGGCGGAGGAGGAGCUCAUCCCUUGUCCAAAGCCCGGUGCCGGCCGCAGCGGCAGGCCUUCACUCCAGCACGCCGCCGCCUGGCGCCAUCAGCAAGGAGAUGCGGGCCAGGAUGAGCUCGAGCCCUGCUGCGGGUGAGAGAAAGCGCCCGUCGAUGGCCCGCGCUGUUGCGGCCGCCACGAGUGCACCGGCCGCCGCCGACGAUAUGUCUUCCCCGACUGCUGCUACCCCUGUUGCGGCUAACAAGCCGAGGCGCGUGAGGACUGGUUGCCUGACGUGCCGAGAGCGGCAUCUAAAGUGUGACGAGGGCACACCCGAUUGUUUGAACUGCAGGAAGAGCAACCGUGAAUGCAAGCGGGGUGUACGGCUGAAUUUUAUUGACGUACAAGUCAAGAGCCCGCCUUACAUACCGCCAACCGUAGAGUGGUCAGUUCGCUUUGAAGACGAGUCACGGGCUAUAGCAUCAGAAUACAGGGGCGGCCUGGGAAGAUAUGCACACAUCGAUACCAGAACUAUCACGCCACCUCGAGAAACAGACUUGGAGGCGGUUCUUCAACAUUACAGAUCAGAAACAGGGAAUGCUUCGACAUUAGCAAUGAUAAGCGAGACCAGAAGCUCCAUGCCCAUGUCGAUGUAUGCCGCCAAACCAGUGGACAAUCCUGUCGACCGCAGGUAUACCGACUUUCAAAUAGCGCAGGCUCAGAAAGCUCAGAAGACCAGCGAGUACAUUGGGAACACUGGCGGCAGUUCACAGGCCGCUAUGGAAGCAGGGAACAGCGCGGGGAACUUUAGCUUGGGGACUCUGCAGGACCAGUAUAACGCCCAGGAGAACGAGUCUGGCAUGCGAGGCCAUCAUCACAGAAACAGCGACGUCUCGAGUGUAGCAUCCCAAGGCGUCGGACCACCUUCGAACAAUUCUGUGCGCGAAACCCAGGAUAGCAGCCAGCCAAAGGUUUCCGAUGGAUUGAUUACACCGCCAUCUGAGGGUGUGGCCACGGGCGAACGCGACUACCUCAACUCGCCUGAGGAGAUCAAGUACAUGCAAAUCUUUGUGGAACAGGUGGGCGUGUGGAUGGACAGUUUCGACAAGGAAAAGCACUUUAGCCGCGUCAUCCCGUACCUAGCACUCAAGUCGCCCAUGCUUCUAAAUGCUUUCCUUGCCUGUGGCGCGAAGCAACUGACACUCGUUCGACCCAAUGAGAACUUGCAUGACCACCGAGCUCUUUGCUACUAUGACACGGCGACCACGCAACUCCUUCGAAGCCUAUCAAACCCGGACCGAAACAUGGCCGAGUGCGCAACUACGGCAGUGGUUCUAAACGUCUACGAAAUCAUGAGCGACAAGCCAGCCAAACGCAUGAACCACAUCGCCGGGGCCCGGGCCCUAAUUCGCGAAUGUGGUUGGAACGCCAAGACAAAGGGAGUCGGCUCGGCCUGUUUCUGGCUCAACAUUGGCAUGGAGGUCCUCUCGUGCCUGGCUUUCAACUGGCAGACAGCCUGGCACCCGGACGACUGGGGACUGGACAUGGGAUUCCUGACGGAAGACCCAGAGAUCAGCCCCAAGGAGGUCAAGAAGGAGGCAGAGAACACGUUUGGAGGCAGCGGCGACGAGGACGAGGAGUGGGUCCACAGGAUCUUUUACAUCGUUGCCAAGAUCGCCAGCUUCCGGGCCAACAUACCCAGGUUCCAGGAGCCCUCUCCUCACGACGAGCAGGUCAGGCUCCAGAGCCGCUUCGCUGAGUGGAAGAGCCUAAAGGCGCUGUGUGACGCUUGGUGCAACAACUGCCCCAGGCCUAUGAGGCCUUUUGGGUACUUGUUCCCGUCGCAGACACGGACCCAGUCUGCCUUUCCCAAUGUCUGGCUCAUCAAGCGUGCCGCUGUCAUUGGCCGUUUGUUCUACCACACUGCAAUGUGCCUCCUGGCCCAGAUCAAUCCCGUCAACCCCCGCGACUCGGAGGAAAACAUGGCUGCGCAGCUGCAACAUGCCCAUCAGGUCUGCGGCAUCGUUGCUCAUACCAAGGACAACGGUAUCGCCUCUGUAGCCCUGCGCAGUUUGGCCAUCGCAGCGGCUGUGCUACGUGAGCGUCGGGAGCAGGAAGAGGUCGUGGCGAUAUUCGAUCGCAUCACGCGCGAGACGGGCUGGAGGCUGGGUAAAGUCUACUUGGAGCUCGAGAAGAGCUGGGGUUGGAAGCCAGAGCCCCCGAAGCUUGGGACCGCAACCACCUCGGAUGGAAGCAGCACCAGCAGCAGCAGCACCAGCAGCACCAGCAACAACAACACCACCACCAAUAACAACGCAAGCGCCCGACCAAGCGCAUCUUCGUCCACCAUCCCUCAGAACCAGAACCAGAACCAGAGUCAGAGCCAGAGUCAGGCUACUGCAGCACCUGCCAACCCUAUCACAAUGUCUGCUGCAAUGACGGCAGCCCCCGUGCGCCAACCUCAGCCCAAGCUCCAACGGCCGCAUAGCAACCCAUCUCCUCGUCCCCAGCCAUCACGUCGAUCUUCAGGGAUUGUACCUACCGCUUCGCCAGUGGGAAUGGUCCCUGGGACUUCGGGGCCACAGCAACCGCCUCUUCUCAUCACUAGCUUCCCUUCGAUGCAGCACCAGCAACAGCAGCAAUACUUUUCGCCGCAGCAUCAACAUCCUCCUCAUCAAAUGACCACCCCCACGCAGCAGCCGACACCGACGCGACCGCUGGUCAACCCUCUGCUUUCGAGAGCCGAUUUUAGCCUGCCCGAUCAUCCGUACCAGAAUUGGUACCAACCGCCAAACCACACUAACCAGUUCAACUCGCAAGGGUUCUGGUCUGGUUGA